UCUUAAGAAACUUGAGGCCCGGAACAAAAUUGUCUCUACUUUUCACCUUAACGGUUAUAGCCAACUGAAACAAUAAAAAACAGGCGAUCCACAAGAUUUCGAGCUUUUCAUGAAAGUAAUUUGAGCUCGUUUUUGGAAUCUGAAUUGACACCGAUUUAAUGGAUUCCAAGAUUUUCACGUCCGAUCCAAUCUUACAAACAAGAGGCUAGAGUUUAUUGUCUCAUUGAACAUGUCCGAAGCUUCUUUUAACAUGGAUCGCCCUAUAGAUGAAGAGAAAAUCAAAAUAGCAGCACUUAAAGAUGUGAAAUUAGAGGAAGUGGAGGAAAUUAAACCAGCAGAAAUUGAGGAAGUGAAAGAGGAUAGUCACCUCUUCUGCUGUGAUCUAUUUGAUGCGGAAAUGGUUCAAAAGGUAGCAGACGAAUUCCUUCCAGGAUUAGCCUCUGCCUGUAUUGACAACACGACUGGCGGUCUAUUGAAUAGCCCAGCUUCUGUUGCUGUUAAUAUUAGAAGAGAAAUGGUGGACUAUCUUGUUCAGAGAAGCGAGAUGUUUGUCGCUGAGUCUGUUGUCUUAGAAGGUGAUGCGGUUACUGAAGUAUUGUCGGAUAAUCCUCAUGAUAUUAUAUCAGAUUUUAUUGAUGAUUUUGCACAGUCUAAGAGGAACUUUUUCAGCAGAGUAUCAGCGUGGCUACUAAGCGAGAGGAGAGAGGAAAGGAUAGACGAUUUCGUGCAAGAAAUGGAAGUAAACGGCUUUUGGUUGAUGGGAAGGCGGAUAGCAGUGGCGCAAACGUUGAUCAGUAAUAUCGACUUCAAGAACACUUAUCACUGCAAUAUGAAGUUUAAAUCUGAAGAAGAGCUCUCUGAACAUAUCGCCACGUGCAGUUUCAGGGAAUUGAACUGUGAAAAUGAGGGAUGUAACGCGCGAUUUAGUGCAGCUCAGCUGAAACAGCACGACUCGACUUGUCCUUUUAAAAUACUUCAAUGUGAGCAGAAAUGCCCGGAAACGCUUAUGAGGCGCGAAAUGGACAGGCAUUGUAUUACUGUAUGUCCAAUGAAGCUUGUUAACUGCCCUUUCUAUCCAGUUGAGUUUGUUUUUCAAGUUCAAAAGGAAACUUGUGAUUGGAAGACAUGGCAAGGAACAAAGUUUCACGGAGGUCGAGGGAAGUGA